UCUUGUUUACCAACACACCGCGAGAGGUUAGAAAAGAAGAUGCGUUCGCCUUCUCCUUUUCCGAGUACAUACCUGAAACGAGGGAAAUUUCUUAGAAAGGCCUGCUUAUCUAUUUUAUAACUACGAUUUUUUCCGCUCGUGUUGUAUCUCCCUUUAUAGAAAUCAAAGCAUUGAUCAGCUUCCGUUUUGCUGCCACGAAAAUGUAUUUUGACUUGGCCCUUGCUGCUGAGCGUUCUUGUGGUUGUUAAAUAAGAUCCCAACCCGGUGUAUCAACUCAACUGGCCUUCUUUCAGUUUCUAUCACCCGAAGGUUUUUGCAGAAGUGAGUUGGGAGAUUACGUUUAAAAGACCCCCGAGACUUUACGAAACCAAUCACAGAAGAGAGGUGGAUUUAUAGGAGGGCCGCAGGUCACCCACAAGCCAGAAAGAAAAGUGAGAGAGCGAGAGAUGGAGAAAAGGAGUGAAAAAAAGGAAGGAGGAAGAGCAGAGAAAAGAAAUGAAUAACUUCCUUACAAACAGGUAAAGCUUAGUCAGAUUCCUGUCGGUGUGGUUGCCAACAUAAGUUAAUGCCUGAAGAAGACAAAGAGUGUGCUGCAGAGUGCCUACCAGCAGAAAAAGAAACCAUGGUUCAACGUGGAAACUCUAGAAUGCUGAAGACUGUUAGUCUUGUCACUCUAACAGCUCAAAAUGCAAUUUUGAGUUUGAGUAUGAGACAUGCAAGAACAAGGGCUCCGAAGGAAGAACUCUUUCUGUCAUCAACCGCGGUUGUCAUGUCUGAAUUCGUGAAGCUCAUCAUUGCCCUGUAUCUAGUCUUUCAAGAAGAGGGAAGUAAUAUUAAGCGAUACAAGGACUCAUUGCACAAUACCAUCGUCAAACAGCCCAUAGACACUUUGAAAGUUGGAGUCCCAUCACUACUUUACAUCCUUCAAAACAAUCUUCUUUACCUCUCAGCAUCAAAUUUGGACGCCGCCACUUAUCAAGUGACCUACCAGCUGAAAAUUUUAACAACAGCAGUUUUUGCUGUUAUUAUUCUCCGCCGGAAACUAAUCGUCACACAGUGGCUUGCCCUAGUUUUUCUCAUCGCAGGAGUGGUCACUGUGCAAUUAUCUGAUGCAGAGGAAAAACAAGUCAAGGUUGCUCAAAAUCGUCUUCUUGGCAUCUGUGCAGCUCUUGCUGCUUGUGUUCUGUCUGGCUUUGCCGGUAUCUACUUCGAAAAAAUCCUCAAAGGCUCCGACAUAUCUGUUUGGAUGCGGAAUGUUCAACUAAGCUUCCUAUCAAUCCCUAUUGGUCUAGGCACCGUCUUGAUAAAAGACUUUAGCGCCGUCACUCAAAAUGGAUUCUUUUGGGGCUAUGAUUGGUAUGUUGUGUACAUUGUUGUAUUGCAAGCAAGUGGUGGGCUUUUAGUGGCGCUGGUUGUCAAGUACGCAGACAAUAUUCUGAAAGGUUUUGCCACAUCUCUGGCCAUUAUUUUUUCAUGCAUACUUUCAAUAAUUCUGUUCGAUUUCACAGUCACAUUUCUCUUUAUUUUAGGAGCUGCACUAGUGAUCUGUUCAAUAUUUCUUUAUGGAUAUCAACCAAGUGCUAAACCUAAAGCAUUACCCCUUGCCCAAAAACUUUGAAAAGGAAAUGUAUGAAUAUGUUGCUGUCAUUCAGGAUGAAGUAAAUCAUUCUCUGAAGCCCUUGAAAUUCCCUUAAAUCUCUAAAUGAAAAAGCGGAUUUUUUAUAUCAACUUGACGCCCUCAAGUGGUUAUAUCCUGGUUGAUCCAAGAAUUAAAGAAAGAGAACUAAGCUUUGUUUUCUCUUGUUUAAGGUGAAAAACUACACCCUAAUUUUGAAUUUUGCUGUCAGGCAUGAUUUUGGCAAUUAUAAUUCUUAAUUUCUCCAAUUAAACGGGUUCUAUCCAUUAGUUAGGUCAUCAUUUAGAUCCCCUAGAAAAAUUAUUCCACAAAGACAAAAAAUCCAUCAGGGAAGGAAAGCUUCUAAUAUUUGUUAGAGGCUCACAGAAGGGCUCUUCUGGGAUUGAGUUCUGAUCUUUCUCGGUCAGAAAAUACUUAAUUCAUUCAUCGCAAUGAAAAAACGAGGAUCCAAACAAGAAAAAUGUUACUUUGAUGAAAGAUGCUCCAUUUUUUGCUCUUGAACUGAACCAGAACCGAAGUGACUGAAAAAUGCUAUAUCAUUGGUAUCUUUCUCAUAAGAAGAUCUUCUUUCUUUAUUCUCUUUCGUAUGUUUCUUUUCUCUUUUGUUUCUUUUUUUAUCUUUCAUUUUUCAAAGAAAGAACAAUCAAAUGCUUUUGAUACUGCAGAAGCAAAAUAUCUAUAAAACUGUAGUCUUUCUGUCUUUAAGGCUUAAAAGAACUAGUUUUAGCUCUCUUAACUUUGCUUUAAGAGUUUAUUUUUCAUAAUAUUCUCCAUUGCAUUCAUAAUCUGUGAUGUAUUCUAACAUUAAAAACGUUUUGCAAAAAUCAAAUGUUCCUAUCAAUUUCAAAACUUUACAAUCAAGAUGCAAGCUCUAACAUAAGAACUAGGUAUUAAAAGUUCAAUUAAUUUCACCUGUUUCACAUUUAAUCUGUGUUAAUUUGACUUUCUAAUGUCUUGUUCAAAAGUUAUGCUUUGCUGACUUUUUUUUGGUAUGCAUUUUUUUUUUCAUUUAAAAUUUCAAAGAGAUUAUGAAUGGAGUGCUCCCUAUAAUUUAUAAUAAGUCUACCACCCUAUUUUAACUUGUUGGCAACACAUCAGGCGCUGCUGGGUGACAAUGCUCUCAUUUUAGGAUGACUUAAGGUCCUAGCACCUAACAGGAGAAUUUCAAACAAAUGUAACUGUAAAAUUAAUUUAGGUUCUCAUUACUUGACAGAAAGAUUCAAGUUAGGUGUUCGAGUUGAAACAGGAAUAUGUUUUGGAGUUAUGUCAUGUUUGGCCUCUGAUGUCAUGCUUUUAUGUGUACAUGUUAUGAAGAUUCUAGGAAUAUGUUAUUUGCCCACUAGAGUGGAGUAGACACCAAAAAUAAUUUGAACACUGCCAACAAAAUAUUGCAAAGACAAUUAGUGUAUUUUUCCUUCGGAAAAUACACUAAAAACAGAGGAUCUGCCAUCAUUAUUCUUGCAUUUACUUUCUAUACCAAAUUGAAGAUGGUAGACUCUCUGUUGCAGUUUAAACAUGUUCAAACUUAUUCUUUUUAUUGACUUUUUAGUGCUAAUUUGAUACUUGAAAAUGUCCACUCCAUGUUCUUUGCCCAAAAAGCACCUGCAUUGCCAACUUGUCAAAAACAAAUGUCAAAUGAGUCAAAACUCGUUAGGGAUGUCGAUACUCGGUAUCGAUACUGGUAUCGACUCUAAGCAUCAAUACUGGUAUCGAGCAUCGAGCUGAAGUAUCGAUACUUAUGAGGUAUCGAUACAAUCGAUACUAUUUCUGAAUUAUGCCGUGAUUCUGAGUGUGCGUAUGUCUGUCGGCCGUUAAAUUCCGCCAGAUUUACGCCUCUCUCAAAAAAGCCCUGUUCGCGUCCUUAGUCAACUAUUAUGAGCCCUUAAGUACAGUUAUCGAACUGAGCUUUUGACAUUUUUAUUGAAGUUUAAUCAUCUUGAGAAACUUGUUACUCCGUCAUUUGUCACAGUGCAUCAUGAAGGUGAAAUAGUGGGGAGAGAAUUUUUUAAAAAAGAAAAAGAGGCCUUCUUCAUGGCCAAAUCACGUCGAUACUGGGGUCUUGGCAUCGAUACUGCAUGGUAUUUAAGUAUCGAUCGAAGGUAUCGAUACUUUGCAAGUAUCGGAUAAGUAUUGACAUCCCUAAAGCUCGUGUUUCUCUUCUAAUACUUGCCACUGACACUGUUCCGCUCCAGAAAAUCAUUCUGUCAAUAUAAAUAAUUGAAAAUUUUUCCUUAGAGAUCUGUAAGUAUCGCUGUAUUUUCCUCUAAUUAGUAAGUCUACUUUUUUAUACCAAAUUAUUUGUGAAUAAUUUUAGAUUUUAACUUUUUAUACUAUUAAAUAUUCUAAUCUUAUCAAAAUAUACAACUAAAACUAACUUUUAUGAUAGGCUGUCAUUAUUUCUGAUGUAGAAUCUGAUGAAGAAUUGUGUCGCUUUGUUCUCAGAAUGUAGCUAUAAAUUAAGUAUUUUAAUAACAGUAUUGAAGACUGAAUAGCCUGGGUCACACUAUCAAACUGAGCUAUCAAUCUGAGGAGGUCAGGGUUCUGAUUGGUACUGUGAAUAUUAAUCAGAGAUCUCUAUGCCAUCAAAUUACCGCGGCCCUCAGUAAUUGAUAGCACACUAAUCUCUCAUAAGCAUGUGAAAUCCUAUUGGGUAGUGACCUCGCUAGUUUGAUAGCAUCAGUUUGAUCACAUGACCCAGGCUAAUGAAAUGGGAGUCUGGUCUUUUUUUGAAUUGUGAUGAAAGCCUAAAUGCCUAAAAAUAUCCAAUCGAGAAAUGGUGCAGUUUAAAGUCUUCAAACUUGCUACGACUUUAUGUAUGAGCUGUGUGGAAAAUCGCCCAAACCGAUGCUUUUAAAUUUUCCAAACUUGGCUUUUGGUUGUCAGGUGAAUGUAGCCCUUGAUCUCUAAAGAAUUAUCUCGAAGUUUCGGAAAAUUACACAUAUGAUCCGAAAAUUUUUCCAAAAAUUUAUUACUGUAAUUGAAAGAAUGGGAAUGUAGAGGAUAUAAAUUCAAGAAAACCCAUUGGAUGCUUCUGAAUAAAUUAAUAUCCCUCCACUCUCUCAUCUUCGAAAAGAAACGUAAUAAUAUAUUUCAUAAUCAUAGUUAAGCAAUUUAUUAUCAGUUCCUAUGUUUUUCAACGAUCAAUUCUCGCAAUGUGAGUGCUCUGGAAACUUUUUUUCAUUGAUAAACAUUUAAGUAUAGUACUGUUUUGAGACAUAGUCUCUUUUUGACAGGCAGAAAGUAAUCUAAUAACAAGACAAUUUAGAGCAAACGAACCACAAACAGAGUAAGAAAUUAGACUUCAUUUUGCAAUUUACCACAAUCUUUGGCUUUUGUUAGAAACAGAAUAUUUGCCAUUAGUUUCCCCAGUUUAUGGGCCAGAAAUUGUAGGUCUUUAAUACAAAAUCGAAUCUAAUUAAACUCUGCAACACAUGUUCCCUCAUCAAAAUCUCACAAACAACAUCGCACAAACAUAAAAAAUUCCCAAAUUCAGCUGAAAAGCAAGGAAUCAGCAUUUCCUGUGUUCGUCAAUUCGAACUUUAGGCUUACCCCAAAACCAAAA